UCUCCUAGACAGCUGAUUGACGAUAUUUGCAAUUGAACAUGUUAUCGUCAGCAUCAACUGCCGGCUGAUGUUAGUAUACAUGUAUGUAGCAGUGUAGUGCUGGAGAGGUGCGUUGUCGUGGCGGCCCCCCCGGUCGCGCCUGGCCCGAGGUGUCUUGUCGUGCCCUGGCUUGUCCUGUCGGCGCCGAAAACAACAAACACGCCUCAAACUACCGCCCGUCACAUCAACAACCCGCCCUCUUCCACCCUCCACCCUCCAACCCAGCGCCCACCUUUCCGCACCAGCAUCGCCAGCUUCCUGUUCUCGCGCGCGCACUCCACCACGACCGCUAGCUAGCAGCCGCACCUCCACCACCACCACAGAGCAGCCGCCAUGUCGGUCAAGUUCGAGAAGGAGACGGUCCGGACCACCGAGGCGGUUGCCGACGCAGCGACAAAGGGCGGCGACGAUGUCCUCAAGACUGUGGGCGAGGCCAUUACCAAGGGUGGCGGUCCCAGUGGCUAUCUUGCGGCCUACCUCAAGCAGCUCCAAUCCAACCCCCUGCGCACCAAGAUCCUCACCUCGGGCACUCUUUCGGGUCUCCAGGAGUUCCUCGCCUCGUGGAUUGCCCACGACCGCAGCAAGAGCGGCAAUUACUUUACCUCGCGCGUCCCCAAGAUGGCUCUCUAUGGCGCCUUCAUCAGCGCGCCCUUGGGUCACUUCCUCAUCUCCAUCCUGCAGAAGAUCUUCCAGGGUCGCAAGAGUUUGAAGGCCAAGAUUCUUCAGAUCCUCGUCAGCAAUUUGAUCAUAUCCCCCAUUCAAAACUCCGUGUACCUCGUAUCCAUGGCCUUGAUUGCAGGCGCCCGUACCUACCACCAGGUCAAGGCGACCGUCAAGGCUGGAUUCAUGCCUGUCAUGAAGGUCAGCUGGGUCGUUUCUCCCAUCUCCCUGGCCUUUGCUCAGCAGUUCCUACCUGAGCACACUUGGGUGCCCUUUUUCAACAUUGUCGGUUUCAUCAUCGGCACUUACAUCAACGCACACACCAAGAAGAAGAGGCUCGCAGCUUUGAGGCGAAAGCACUACGGCGACGGCAGUGGACGUGGUGGUUCCGACUACCCAAGAUCGGGCGACAACUACGGGAGACCCGGAGACAAUUACCCUGGUGGAAGGCCCGGAGACAACUAUCCUGCUGGAUCUUCUAGCGCCAGACCAGGAGAGAGCUACCCGCCUCGACGCGACUAUUAA